CAGAGACCAAGGACCCGUCCGUGCGUGUGCUGUUUCCACACGGUUGUGACGUCGCCGCAAUGCGCAGUCGAAUCGAGGGUGCCUGGUUCAACGACAGGCACAUCACCACCACGCCUGCCCGCACAGACGGCCUCCUCUUCCUCGGCAACCUCUCAAAGCGCAUGACACCUGCACGCCUGAUUGAGCUUGGUAGCCCGUCUGGUCAGAUCUGCCGCGCCUUUGUCAUGGUCGACGAGGCAACUCUCGAGGGCCAGGGCUAUGGCUUCUUGGAGUUUGUCAACAAGGCAACAGCUGUUAAAGCACGUGCCGACUUGGCGUCCCGAGUUGUUGAUGACCGGCCCAUUCGCGUUGAUCUCAUGAAGCCCGUGGACAACGAUAUCUCUCAUUUCCGCUCCCGCACGCUUUUCAUCGACCGCCUUCCCAAGACACUAACCAAUGUCAACAAGCUCAGAGCAAUGUUCGAGUCUGCUGGCAAGGUUGACUUUUGCCAGUUGGUCAUGUCCAAUGGUGUCUGUCGAGGGUUUGCAUUCGUGGACAUGGCAUCGUACCACGACGCGUUGAGCGCACGCCGGCUGUUUAAUGGAGCCGUGGUCGAGGGUGCAACCAUUCGUGUGAGCUUUGGACACCCUCAAAAGACGGGUGCAAGCAUCAUGCAUGGAAAGGAGGAGGUGGCCAAGGCCAAAGCAAGAGCUGAGCGUCAACUGCACCCGAGCAAGCAGAGGCUUGCAUAUCCACCCGUGGCACGCCGUAGCGCACCGACCCACCAGUUUCCCCGAGGAGCAGCCUUGCCUCCUCCACCAACCGCAAGCAACCGGCCGGUGGCUCAGCUGCAGGUGUCAGGAAACGGACUGCCACAUGGCAUGGGCAACAUGCCGCAUCACCCCAUGCACAUGCUGCCUCACCAACACCAACAGCACCAGCACUCUCAGCACUCGCAGCCGGCAUACUACCACCCGCAUCAACAACGCCAGCAGCAGAACCACGUACCCCAUCCUCACGGCCUCCCUGGCUCAGCAGGUUGUUCAACCAACAUGAUGUCCACACAGCAGCCGCAGUCUCAGAUGCUGUACCACCCUUCAUCAGUCCCCGUCUCUCGCGAGUCCCACCCCUCUUUCCCUGCACAGCAGCAGGUAUUCAAGGCCAGCCACUGCGAGGCCACGGCCUCGUUUGCAUCCACCAUGCCCGUGCCAUCGCACCGCGUUCACCAGCAGCCGGCCGAUACUGUUCCCGAGUUCUAUCCGAGCAGUAUGCCCCAGUACCACCACCAGCGGCAGCAGCAGCAACAGCACCGCACCCAGCAUGGACAUCGGUUGGCGUCUGCAGCAUCUGUGUCGCCGUCGACGCUGUCGGUGUCCUCGUCCUCGCCCGAGUCACUGCCGUCGCCCGUAUUGCCUGGCGCUGCCUUCCCUUCCUAUUUGCCAUCAGCGUCUGAGUUCGCGUGGCCAUCCAUGCCGUCGGCAACACACUUUGCCCCUAUCGCUCACGCGGUGUCCUCGGCGGAGCCAACUUCUUCGUCGUCAGCAUCGUCGUCGUCUUCAGCUUCAUCAUCGUCGUCUCCCAUGACGUUGGUGAGCGACGGUGCGUUGUCGAUGGCGGCAGGCCAGGCGUGCAGUGGCCAGCAGGGCGUGUCAACACCAGCGCAGACUUCGGGUUCAUCGGAACACGCGAUGGUGGGCGCCCCGCUUGGAUCCUUCCAGCCUGUCUCGACCGGGUCUGUGUCGACCUUGCCACCUGUCUCUCAGGCGCUGGGCGUGUUUCCAGCACACUUGCCUGCAAGCAACGCCGCGCAACCGAACCUGGAGAGCUGGCGACAGGCACCUGCGUAUUGCCCGACGGUGUCUGUUGCCGAUGCGUCGGUGACAACCCCCGUUUCUCAGCGGGUGCGGGCCUGUGCACGUGCGCGGACACCUCAGCAACGCCACAAUCAACGAACAGAUGAGUUCUUUCCCGUGCUUGACAUGAACUUGCUCACACCAGGCAAGAUGGCUCAGCUGUUUCAGACCACUUCAUCCAACCAAGGUGCCGCGUGCUCGCCGAGCGUGGGCAUUAGGUGCCGCACCCGCGAAAGCUUGGGCGGCGUCGUUGUGUCGCCAGCGCACCGCUUUGAAGAGGCACCGUCGUGCCCCCUUGAGGCACAACACUUUUCAAUCAGCCCCAUCGGUCCGCCCAAGCUGUCAUCUCGUCUGCCUUUGUCGAUCGCUGAGGAGGAGGAAGAGGAAUACGUGACUUCUGACUCGGCCGCUGUCAUGGCGUACCAUGACGAUGAAGCCGAACCUUUUGGUGACACCACCUUUGAGCUUGCUCGGGAAUUUGUAGAUAGGCUUGUCAUGUGCUGAGUCGAUAGCACCCUUGCCCAGCCCCGUCUUCUGAACACUUUAUCGCCCUGACUGUUGGUUCUCUCCUCUGGAUGUGUUUGCUGUUGUUGUGUGAUGGUUGCUGUCAGUUUGAACCUUUGAAUGCAGCGGGAGUUCACAGUGUCCUGUCGUUGCCACCGCCACGGUGCUUGUUUUGCUUGUCGUAUGACAUGAUGUCAAAUCAGCAUCCUCUCUUUCUUUGCUUUGUGCCAGAAAGCCGCCUUGCUGCCUUGCUGCCUUGCUGCCUUGCUCAACAUUACAUUCCGCACGGCAUG